UUGGAAAAGGUACUGGUAGGACAAAGACUUGUGGGCUGAGACACUUUAAUCAGCAAAACAAAUCAUAGCACAUCAUACACGUGAUGAAAAGGCCACAGUGCCUCACACCAGCUGCCUGAUGGGGCACCAGUCUGAGAGCAGCAGCAGCAGCAAGAAGUUCCACUUGUGCUGCUGAGCAGACAUGCUGUCAGCUCUGGGAUCCCCCUGCCCUCCGGGCCAGCUCCUGUCACACCUGUGGGCCCUGCCAGCAGCUGCUGCCCCCAGCCUGGGCCCUGGUGUCGGGGCUCAGAAGCAGGACAGGCCUCGGCACUCUCCGCUCGGCCAUGGCUCUCACAGCACUCUGAGAACACCCACGUUGAUUUGGUCACAAAUACAAAACUCACUCCCCCAAAAACUAAAUCCCAUCCCCUCCACGCCAGCCACUACUGCCACACCAUCACACAGCAUGCUCCUGGGGGAGCCCACAGAGCGCUGCUGCCCACGUCACAGUGGCCCCAGUGACAUCACCACUCCGGCCUAGGCCGUACAACCUGGCUGUGCGGCAACACAACCCUCAGAUUUGAGGAGAGGAUCACAGAGACACAGCUCGCUCCAGGCUGCUCAGGAGGCAUGAGGUAAGUCCCACCCUUUUGGUGCCUCUGACGCAGCUCACACCCAUCUCUCUCUGCUCAUGGCUAGUGCACAAGUGCCAGGAGGAGGAACACCUGCACUGCUGCCCAAGGAACGCUCCAGGCGCUCACCAUCAACUCGGAAAGGAACCAACACGGCACAGCCACAAAAUGUCCCCGAGGAGAAAGCGUGCAUGCUGUGCCACCGGACCCAGGCGGACACCGACAUCUGUGGGCACAAGAGAAUGAACUUCAAGCUCUGUGUCCACACCUACUGCCAGAUCCUCGCUACUGGGCUCUACCCAAAUGAGAACACCGGACGCUUUCUCGUUGGGGACACCAGGCGCAUCAUCAGAGAAGCAGCCAAGAAGAGCUGUGUCAUCUGUUACAAGAUGGGGGCAAGCAUCACCUGCUGCCACACAGGCUGUGACCGCACCUUCCACCUGCCCUGCGCCCCAGACGGUGGAUGCGUCACCCAGUACUUCGGGGCCUACAGGUCCUUCUGCUGGGAGCACCGCCCACAGCAGGCGCUGCAGCCACGACCAAGCCAGGACAGCACCUGCAGCAUCUGCCUCGACACCGUGGAAGACAAAAUUUCCUACACAACGAUGGGAUGUCCUGUGUGCCAAGACGCCCGCUUCCACCGGCACUGCAUCCAGAGAAUGGCUCUGCACGCUGGCAUUGCCUUCCGAUGCCCGCGUUGCCUCAACCAAGAGCCGUUCAUGAUCAAUAUGCUCAUUGUGGGGAUCCGGCUCUCCAAGAGCCCCCCAUCAUGGUACAGUGAUCCAGACAUCAGACCCUCACGUCAGAGGCACGGCCGCUGCGAUGCCGCAACGUGCCUUUGUCCGGGAGGCAGGGAGCACGCGGAGGCAGACGGACCCUGGCAACUCUGUCUGUGUGCCUCCUGCGCAGCCAUGGGCACCUACCAACGCUGCUCAUCUUUGGCAAACAGCACCCACUCCUCCAAGUCCACCGCCUCUGCUGGCCCCGACUCUGGUAGGCACCAAAGCAUUCAAUGCCAUGCAACAGCCUCCACUGACAAUCCAGACUUUGCCAGCCCCAGCACUUCCACACAGGCCCUCUCGGGGCUGGCUGAGGGCACUUUGGCGGCCAACACUCAACCUGCACGGCCAAAACGGCCAUACAGGCCUCCAUGGAUCUUCCACGGAUCCACCAAGGACAAUCGCUCCCAGCCUGGGCCAAUUCGGAUGAGACACGUCUGGCGGCAACAACGGCGAGCAAAAACACCCUACAGCCGUCCGACAAACAACAACAGCAGGGCAAACUGACAGCCCACAGCCCUCCUCACCCCUACCCAUGAAAAAACAUAGAUAGAUAGAUAGAUAGAUAGAUAGAUAGAUAGAUAGAUAGAUAGUUUAGACAGAUUAGGUAGAUCAGAUAGAUUAG